UUAUUACGUCAUAACACCGUGUUUCUCCAUGUGUUUUCGCAAUAGAAUAGAAAGUCAUAAAGAACAGUAAUGAAAGAGACACCGCUAUCAAACUGUGAGAGGCUUUUUCUGCUACAAGCUAUCACAGAGAAAAAGCGCGUCGAUGGAAGGCAAACAUUUGAUUACAGAAACAUUAAGAUAACAUUUGGUACUGACUAUGGCUGCUGUAUUGUUGAGCUUGGGAAAACUAAAGUUUUGGCACAGGUGUCAUGUGAACUUGUUGCUCCAAAGAGUAAUCGUCCAACAGAGGGAGUUUUGUUCUUUAACUUAGAACUUUCACCAAUGGCAUCACCAUCAUUUGAACCUGGCAGACAUUCUGAGCUGCUUGUGAAGUUAAAUCGACUACUGGAGCGAUGUUUCCGAAAUUCUAAGUGUAUUGACACAGAAUCUUUAUGUGUUGUAUCUGGAGAAAAGGUGUGGCAGAUCCGGGUAGACUUGCAUUUGCUAAAUCACGAUGGUAACAUUAUGGAUACAGCAAGCAUUGCAGCUAUAACCGCACUGUGCCAUUUCAGAAGGCCAGAUGUGUCUGUCAUAGGGGAAGAGGUCACUGUGUACAGCUUGGAUGAACGUGACCCAGUUCCAUUAUGCAUUCAUCAUAUGCCUAUCUGUGUUAGUUUUUCCUUCUUCCAGCAAGGGACCUUCUUAUUGGUGGACCCAAAUGAACGUGAGGAGAGGGUAAUGGAUGGAUUAUUAGUCAUUGCCAUGAACAAGCACCGUGAGAUAUGUACAAUUCAGUCAAGUGGAGGAAUCAUGCUCUUAAAAGAACAGGUUCUAAGGUGUAGCCAGAUUGCCGGUGUGAAAGUCAUGGAAAUUACAGAACUUAUUCAGAAAGCCCUGGAAAAUGAUAAAAAAAUAAGGAAAGAAGGUGGAAAAUUUGGCUUUGCAGAAUCCUUACCUAACCAGAGAAUAACGGCAUUUAAAAUCGAGGGAGCACCAGUUAAUACAUCAGAGGUCGAAGAGACAGUUGAAGAGAUUAUCCAUAAUACAGUAUCACCAACUGAAGUUGUACCAUCACCCAUAUUGUGGGCUUCUGGAACAGCUCAGAUCGGAGAAGGGGUGCUGAAUACUUGGGAAGUUGAGGAGCCAUGUGAAAGUGAAGAAGCAGAUGACAAAUCAAUGGAAGAAGAAGUCGCAACAACACCAAGACAUGAAAGGAAAGAGACAGUCAUCCUUUCUGAUAGUGAAGAGGAAGAAGUCAUCAUAUUAAAUACAGACAAAACGGAGAAAAAAGUCCAAAAACAAGCUUCCAAUCUCCCUGAAGAAACUGCAUCAGGAUCAAGAAAAAAGAAAAAAAAGAAACAGAGUCAAUUAGUCAAAUGAAUGUGAAAUAUGACAUUACCUACCACUGAAAUAAUUUUGUUUCUAUUUUUUGAUACAAGAAAUAAUAGCUUUGUAACAAAUUAAUUGAAUUAAGCUAUAUUGUAAAGGCAGAUUCUGGCUGCAUUAGUAAUGACUAAGCAUACCAUUUUUGAGAAGCUUUUGUAAAUUUGUCUAUCUGCUCUCUGCUACACAUUAAAUUUUAAAUCUAAAAUA